AUGGACUUUGCCGUCAUCCAGGCGUGGAUUGACGAGGUCACAACGACGCAGCUAGCCGCUGUUGCAAUUCCUAGUGAUCCAUUGCCCAAUAACGCUUGUCGCCUUUCCGAUGAAAUGUCCAGUCCAUCCAAGCGUCAACGAACGAGCGGGCAGACUGACACCUACACGGAUCCCGACGAAACUCCUACACGUUCCGGACCGCAACGGCGGCACGGCAGUGACAGCGCUGUUUUUGAUGGAGCCGGUGAAGUAGCUCCAUCGACGCCUUCCGCAUCUUCCUUCACUGCCAUGCUCGCAAGCAGGACGGUCUUUUCCGUUGCUGCAACUGAACCGCGUGCUCCCACAGAAUCUUCCUACAUCAGAGCGGAAUCGCGCAGCAAAUCUCCGACGAAACGGUUUCGAAAGACAACCGACCUGCUCAACUUGGCGAUACCUGUUCGUUUCAUGAAAGAGUGUGACCUUGAUAAGGCUGUCCCGAGCGAUGCGAAGAAGCUGUUUGAAGCUUUGUCUAUUGUUGCGGCUAAGGAGCAGAUUCUUCCCGCAAUUUUGCGGUCCCACGCAGACUUUCAGGACGCGAGAAUUCGAAGCUUCAUGUGGAUUUCCACCGAUACUACAAACGAUCACAAUAGCGCAAACGUCAAGAAAACCGCUCUUCGAGAGCACGCACACCUACGACGCAUCGUGGAUGAUUCCAUUGCCUCCUCCAACCUCCAUCGGUCUGAGGCUGCUUGGAAUUGUCUUGUACACAGCCCCUAUCUACAGCACGCAACCCGCUGCACAGAGUUUCUCGAUGUCGAGCCCAUUACUUCGGCACAAAUUCUCCCCACCUUUCGCCCUUUGUUCAACUCGAAUGAGCAAGCACCACCUACUGCCAGUCUGUCCAACGCGAGCAGUGCGUCCGGACAAACUCGGCUGAGCUCCUACACAUCGUCGGUCCACAAAAUGGUUGAUUUUGCCUUGGUUCUUCGUCCUGAGGCGAGUUUGCAACGUCUGAUUGACGAGUUUCUGGCCAAGCAGAGAGAUGCUACCGCCACAAUCAAUCAAACCAGAUAUGAGCCGCUCCGUACCCGACCGGCUCCCAUCUUUAUCGAAACCAAGAUCUCAUCCGGCACUAUGGAGGACGCCAAUGUCCAACUUGGCAUAUGGGUUGCUGCAUGGCAUCAGCGAAUGCGCAGCAUCAUCGCCCUCGGAGAGGUAACAGACAAGAUUAUCACAAUUCCCGUCGUUCAGGUCGUCGGUGGCGUUUGGACUCUCUUGUUUGUUGUGGACGCUGGCACGGAAAUAACUGUGCUUGACGACAACUUUCGAAUAGGCGAUACCGACAGUAUCGUAGGCGUUUACCAAUUGCAAGCCGCCUUGUCUGCGCUUGCUGGCUGGGUCAAAGACACAUUUCAGCCAUGGUUCACCACGCUUUUGACUCGUGCAAAUGAAUAG